GGUAAUAUUAAUUUUAAUGCAAGCUUAAUCAAUAGGAGAAGAUUGCAUGGAACUGUUUGAUGCAAAUACUUAUGGUGAUGGUCAAGAAAGAAACUGUGGAUUAUGUUAUAAGCCUCCAACUUAUGAAGAAAUCGAAUAAGAAAGUAGAAUAAACAAUAAAAAAUUGAUUCCCAAUGAUAAAGAAAAAUUCAUUGAGCUUAUACUAAAGGAACAAUAAGUGAGAUUGGAUAAGAACGUUUAAGAUUUGUAUGGAUAACUUAAUUAUUCAGGAGUAGUCGAGGAAUUAAUCCAUGCCGAAAUAUUUAAACAUUUUGGCUAUGAUGAUUGCCCAUUAAAUCAUAAAUUGUACUAUGCCUUGACUAGGAAAUACAUUAAAGAUCCUGAAUUGAAGAAGUAAGUAUUUUUUUGGAGAAAUAAUGUAAUGCAUGGAUCCAAACUUGGAUUGAAUGAAUAACCACCUGAAAUCCAAUUGUUGAAUUUAGAAUAGUAGAAGGUUGCUUUAUAAGAAUUAAUGCUUAAAAGCCAUAAGGAAAAUAGAUUGCUUGUUGCUUUUGCUGGCAGCAUAACAUGA